ACAGGGACUUCGUUAUUUUGAGGAUGGUUGCAAGUUUGGAUUACGUUUACGUCAAAACAUAUAGUAGAGGAGGACCUUAUGUGGUGGGAAUGGCAGCAGGAUACCUCAUAACAAAAUUCAAUCGGGAAAAAUAUAAAAAAGUUAUACCAAAGAUUUGGUCAUUUUCUGCAGUUGUGUUAGCAGUAUCAUUAAUGCUAUUAACAAUGAGUGUGGGAACAAUAUUUUAUGACAGAGAAUACAGCGCCUUAGAAGUAUCUAUUUCUGUCGCUCUAGACAGAGUAGUGUGGGCUUUUGCUGUAUGCAGUAUAGUUGGAGUUUGCAUAUAUGGCGACCUGCCGAUUAUCAAUGACUUUCUGAGUUGGUCGUUGUUCCGGCCCCUCGGGAGGUUAUCCUAUGGGAUCUACUUGCUUCAUGCCAUGUUCCUGGAACGGAUAAUAUUUUCUACCAGAGCCCCGUUGAAGUACGAUCAUCUGGAAUUUUUCAUAAUCACUUGCGGCGCGACCGUAGUGACUUCCAUUGCCAGUCUGUUCGUCUGGUUAGUGGUGGAAGCGCCGCUUACCAAUAUCUGCGAUGCUAUUAUGUCAGAUAAGAAAUCACCACAAAAGGAAAACGAAAUGACUAACGAAGCUACUCAAAAUGGUCAAAAAAAAGUAUUAUAAAUGUUUUUUAAAUGUAAUAUUUAUUUUAAAUGAUGUUUACUUUAACCAAAACCCCAGGUUUCGGAGCGACAUACUCGUGAAAUAACAACCAAGCUAUUUAAAUAAAGAUUAAAACAAA